AUGAGGAUCACCCAACUGUGGCUUGCUGUGCUUCUUAGCAUUGGCCUAGUCGCUGCCUUCCCAAAGUUCAUCGCCCGUGACGACAACGGCCACUACGCCAGGGACUUGAGCACAGAGUACACCGGCCAGAAGUACGGCGGCUUUGCGAAAUUUCUCACCAAGCGUGAUGAUGACAGCGACUCGGAUUCCGACUCUGAUUCCGACUCAGAUGACGACAAGAAGGACAAGAAGAAGCACCCCAAGCUUCUUAUGAGGCGCAACGACGACUCAGAUUCAGAUGACGACAAGAAGAAGAAGGACAACGACAAGGAUGGCUCUGACUCCGAUUCUGACUCUGAUGACGACGAUGACGAUAAAAAGAAGGAUGACAAGAAAGCUAGAUCCCUGAAGAAGCGCACUGAUGGCGAGAAUUCUUCCGACGACGAGAGCCAGUCUGACGAUGGUGAUGCGUCCUCCGAUGACGACUCCGAGUCUGACGACGACGACGAUAACAACACAAAGACUUCACAGACUCAGUCAAACACUAGGACGACAACUGAGACUACGACCAAGACCAAAACUCAGACGAAGACCACCGACUCCGCCUCUACUACCCAGACAAGAACGUCUUCAACUCAGUCUCCCAGCAGGACUACUGACACUACGACCAAGACCAAGACCAAGACCAAGACUCAGACGAGUACUACUAAUACUAACACCGACACCAAUACCAAUACCAACACCAACACCAACACCAACACCAGAACAUCUUCGACUCAGUCCCCUAGCAGGACUACUGAGACUACGACCAAGACCAAAACUCAGACAAAGACUACUAGUUCCGCCACCAAUACCAAUACCAAUACCAAUACCAACACCAACACCAAUACCAAAACUUCUUCCAGCACUAGGAGAGACUCAACUUCUUCCAGCUCCAGCUCCAGCACGAGGACAUCCUCCACCCUGACUACCACCACGAACCCCGCAACCAACAGCCAGACGACGAACAGCGCGACCCAGACGUCGAGCACCACUCAACGCACCACGCAGACCAAGCCGACCAAGCCGCCCAAGCCAACCCAGACCAACGUGAACCAGGGCAACCAGUGCGGCAGCGGCAGCACGCCCUUCUGCUGCAACACGGACAAUGCGGGCAGAUACACUACCUGCAAGUCCCUAACAGGCGCUUCCACGUGCUCGCAGACCACGGUUUGCUGCAACGCUAACAACAGCGUUCAAGUCUGCCUGGGCAAUGCCGUCAUCGAGGUCUAG